AUGAGGACUUGCUCCUUGAAGGCAUGCCCUCCGGCCCCGAAGACGUCGAGUCCCAGGCGAAGACCCUGGCCGGUCGGCGCAUUCCCCCAUGGGCCAAGGUGUCCUUGGGUGCUGUGCUGGUCGCGGCGAUCCUGGGCGUCAGUCUCCCCUUCGCUGCCCAAGGCCUUCAUUCAGCUCUUCAACCCUGCAUUCGGGACCGGAGUGCAAGCGACAGAUGCGGCCUUGAAUGCAGUGGAGAGUACCGAGGGUCGGACUUUCAGCUACGUGACCUUCGAGCUCCAGAGCGGCGCUUUCGGUGCAACCCAGCCUCAGCUUGUGACGCACCCCAUGAACCAGGCAACGGAUUUCAAGCAGCUUGUUGAUGCUAUGCCUGCAACCGAGCCGCGCUACGCCAUGGUCCACAUGCCCAAUCAGAUGGUCUUUGUUCACUGGAGUCCGGACACGGCCAUGGCCACCACGAAGUCGAUGUACAUGAGCUCGGCGAAGGGAAUCCAAGACAGCCUCGGAUCGCCGGUGAGCCUCUCGAUUCUUGCAAAAGACAAGAACGAGCUGAGCCAGGAACUUGAGAAGAUAGCUCACUAG